UCAGCUCCUAAGAAGACGUUAUUCCACUUUUCAGUCAAAUUCUACUUAUCGGAUCCAGGUCAGCUGCAUGAAGAAUUCACAAAAUACUUGUUUGCCUUACAAGUGAAGAAAGAUCUAGCCAAUGGUAGAUUACCGUGCUCAGAAAACACAGCAGCCCUCAUGGCUUCAUAUAUCUUACAAGCCGAGGUUGGGGACUACAGUCCGAUGGAACAUGACGAUGGUCGUUACAUCACAGCUUUCCGUUUUGUGCCCAACCAAUCAAGACCAAUGGAACUUAAGAUUCAGGAGUACCACAAAAACCACAUCGGUCAAACAAUGGCUGAUGCAGACUUCAAUCUCCUGGACGUUGCAAGAAGACUAGAGAUGUACGGGGUGCGUCUUCAUCCUGCCAAGGACUAUGAGAACGUCCAGCUCUAUCUGGCUGUAUCCCAUCAAGGUACCUUGGUCUUCCAGAACAACACAAAGAUCAACACAUUCUCCUGGGCUAAGAUCCGCAAGCUCAGCUUCAAGAGGAAAAGGUUCCUCAUCAAGCUACAUCCCGAAGGAUUUGGUUACCCUAGGAGCACCGUAGAGUUCCAGAUGGAAACGAGGAAUGACUGUAAACAGUUCUGGAAGAGCUGUGUAGAACAUCAUGCCUUCUUCCGUCUAACACAGAUCAAGUAUCCUAGAUCAAGGAGGCGGCUCUUGAGUAGAGGAUCAACAUUCAGAUACAGUGGAAGGACACAGAAGCAAGUAGUUGAGCAGGCCAGGGUCGGAGGAAACUCAAGAUCAUUAGUGACAUUAAAUGCUUCAAGGAUGUCAACAAGAAGCCUUGGUGCUCCAAGGACCACCACCCCUCUCACCAUCGACAUGACAGAGACAAUAGUCACUGAUCAUCACAGUGCACCUAACCUGGCCUUCCCAGAUGACCCCACCUAUGCCAAACCCGACAUGCCUAAGAGUCCUGUCUCUGAGUCACCGACGUCGCCUCCGUCGUCGACUCCCAUCACGCCAGUCCAUGAGAACUCAAGGAUUGCCAUCCACAAAGGCCAGUCCAACUCAAGUAUCAUGUACGAGUACACAGUGAAUGAUGACAACUCACAGCAACAGAACCAGGCUGAAGUGGAUCCAAGCCAGGCGAGCAGGCUGGCCAGUUCUUCAGGUUCCUUCAAUGCCAGGAUGGAGCCGGAGCCGUUGGUGUCUUCGGGAGAGACCAGACUGGAUGCCCUCUCGGAUGCAGAGCCCAAGAGGAAUGGAGACAUCAACAUGGGAGGCAAUCAGAGUAUGCUUUCUUCUAGUUCUUCCAGUUUAAGUGUUGUUGAUGAGCAUGGGGAGGAGGAGGUGAAAGAGGAAGAGGAGGGGACGCAAGCGGUCCGUCCCAUUGCGGACAUCUUGCGUCCUCUCCUCAUUGGGGGCAAGUUCACUUCCGAGGACUCUGAUAGUGACUCCUCCCUCGUCUCGUCAAAUCUAGACAUUGAGACGGAGGGAGACAAGGAAGGGGAGGACGGGGAAACAGAAAACCAGGAUUUUGACCUGGGAUCAGUUUCAGAAAUGCUAAGUGAAAUGGGUACAGUCAGCCCCUCGGAAGUGGAGACUCAGAUUCAUAGUGAGGCUACUCUCGGCCUGCUUAGUGAGAUGAGCACUCCCGGCACUUUCACUGACUUAGAAGGUGGGUUAUUUAGUUUGCCAGAGGUCAUUUCGGAUACUGAACCUAAUUCUGACAUAUUUAAAAGUCUCGGCUCCCCUGAUAGUGUUAGUGAUAUUGAUCAUGAUGAUGAUGGUCGUAAUUUAUCCCCUUUGCAGAUUAACGAGUCCCUCUUUGUUUCUGAAAUUGGCGAUAUGCUACAUAAAGAUGGGCUUCGCAGAAGGGGAAGUUCUAGUUUGAGUAGCAGUAGCUCAAGUAGUAGUAGUAGCAGCAGCAGCAGUGAUGACUUUGAUCAAAGAGGGCGUACCGAUACUGAAAUUAAAGUUGAAUAUCCCGCCACUGAAGUAAAACCUGUUGCAAGUAAUCUAACAAGCCCUUCUGUGGAUGAUGCUUUCACUUUCAGUAGUUACGAUUCACCAAGCCUUGACUCUUUCUCACAAGUCCAUUCUGAUGCAGCGCCAAUUGCGAAUACGGGAAACGUAGAAGGUAACCUUCAUAGUGAUUAUAGGGCCUUUAGACAAGAAAGAAAACUGUUCUUUGAGAGUGAUGAGAACCUUGGUCAAACUCUUGGAGAAACGAACGCUACUCUCCAGGCAUUAGAAGACGACCUUGAUGAAACUUCCCAUACCCUUGUACAGUUAGAAGAAUCCUUAGCAGAGACUCGAGAUACCCUUCAGGCGGAAGGAGUCGAUGCUUUUACAGAAACAAGCUCUGGAACUGACCCAGAUGAAGAAGUCAAAGGGGUAAUCUCUAAGGGACUUACAGAAAUCGAAGUGGGCACAAAACAUGUUUCUUUUUCAACAGAUACCAAUGAGACAUCAAUGAUUCCCGGCGUGCUGGAAUCGCUCAAGGAAUCUAGGGAAACUUCAAGUCCAACCCCAUUAGAUCUUAAAAUAGAUUACUUGAGGGAUUACGAUGAAAUAUUUCAAAGGGAUAAUGCUCUAGUGGAUGAUGUCUCUGGUAAUUCUGCUGCUCCCCUUCAGUCACCACCUCACCAUUAUGUUAGUCCUGGUAUUCUACCAGAAAGUAGUCUUCCUAAACUUCCAGAAUUGUCUAAGGAAAUGGUUGCCAAACUAGAAGCCCAGACCGAGGCAGCACCUAUCCGCACAGUAAUCCAGGAUGAGAUAGAGGGAGGGGGUGAUGAUAUCCUUGGGGAUCUACCAAAUAUUGCAGGGAAUGGUUUUCAGGGAACAAACUGGCAUCAGAAAGGGUCGGGUCAAUCCAUGUAUGUCAGUAAGUUAAAGGUUCAGAUUCCUCGACCAGGUGAACUGUUAAUCCAGCCCGGAAGCGCCGGGAGUGCUGCCAAGUCAAGCAGCCCCGGGAGUGACGACUCCAUGCGCAGACACUUUGGUACGGUGCGCAACCCCGAUGACCUUGUCAGUUGUAGUGAGCUGAGUUUUGGAAACCUAGAAAACGAGAGCUUGCGUGUGCACUGUGAUGAUAGUGGUAGUAAUGGUGCGUAUUUGAACUUGGGGUGUGGUUUGGCUGAUCAUCUGAGUGAUGAGAGUGAUAGUGAGGUUGGGAGUGAUGAAGGCACUACUUCUAGCUCCAAUGAUAGUUGUGUGUAUCAGUAUAAGGUCUCUGAAGCCUGCUACACCAAAACUCAUUCUAAGAGCAGUCUGGGUGAAUCUGGUAGCUCCAGUAGCGAGGGAGGAGACCAAGUGCUAGGUCCGGAUGCUGGGAGUGCCGCUGCUCACUUUGAUAUUUUCAGCAGUAGCGGGGGAAUACUGUCUGGGAAUGGACACGACUUGUUUGCUGACUUGGAGAAUAACGAUUUCUCCCUGGCAGCGAGCACUUGCAAUUCAGAUGAUUUUGACUAAAAAACACACAUUAUUCUCACACUUUGAAAAUCAGUCACCACUCUGAAUAAUCAAAACACUAUUUACAUUAUUUCAAUUCAUCAUUCAUGAAGUUUGAUUUUUAAACAAAAGAGAGAAUAUGUCGCACUAUGGAUAAUGACAUUGUAAACUGCCUAAAUAUUAACAUAUGAACAAUAAAAGCAUACGUAAAGUGUAUAAGCAUCAAUAUAAUGCAGCACUUCCAUAUAACAAUACAUUUAUUAGCAUUAAAUACAAUGAUACAAUAGAGAUUUUAGUAAUUUUCUAUUAAAAGGGGCAGUCAAAGAUCUUUUCUUUUGCUGAUGCCCAUUUUUUAACAAAUAUAUACGUAAAAGUUGUUAAUGAUCAUGUAUGUUUUGCGCCAAAAUUUAGCAGUGCAUUUGAUAAAUUCAUUAUUUUAUUUCAUAGCUUGCAUAUAUAAGCAUGUAAACUAUUCAAGCGCAUGAAAGGUAAUACUGAAAAACAUAUUGGAUAAUUGUUAUAUACAUUCACAAUUAGUUUGGCAAAUAGUAUGAACAGAACAGCCAUGGGUGGUCAUCUCGUGUUAUUUUUGUGUUGGGGGGUAUUCCUAUCCAUGGCUGUGUUCACACCUGUACAUAAUCAAACAAGCUAUCGCGGGGUCGAUACCCAGUACUACAUCAGAAAUCUUGCAUUGGAUGAUCGUUGUGAGAAUCCAGUCUUUGUAUGAACAAGGUACUAUUUCCUCAACCCACGGAGAAACCAUUGCAACGUUAAUCCCACCUAAGACAAGGAUACUUUGAAGAAAAAAAUGAUUGUCUGUACUACAUAGUGCGUACCUGCUUCACUAAUAUUCAGCUUUGAUGAAUUCUAUUCAAUAAAGUACCGUGCCCCACCCUGCUUUCUGCCCCCACCCAUGCCUCUUGCCCAAAACCAUGUUGUAAAUAAGAACCCCAAAAAUCAUGAAAUUAACUAGGAAUUUACUUGAAAACCCUUCUUCCUUUAUCAUAAACUCAGGAAUAACUUAUGUUCAAAAGCCUGGAACUUUUACCAUCUAAAUAAAAAGUUUCUGAAGCUGCCCCCGCUACCAACCCCUCUUUUUCUUUUCCUCUCCAUAUUCCACCAAUCAAAAUUUAGAUAUUGUGUACUUGAAUUUAAGUUUAAAUUUUUAAUAGAACUUAAUUUAAUGAUUGUGUUUGAGAAGAUUUGUCUAUGAAAUAAUGCUCAAAUUAUAGGUUUUAUGUUAAUUCUUCAAUCUUUGUGAUUUAUUUCUUGUCUUGAUCUCAUUGAAUUACAUUUUUGUUUUGAGAUAAAGAUAAACUUGAUGACCGAUCUACUUUUUCUUUUCUAGCUCAGGAAAUUUUCUGUACUAAUUUCAAUCCCACCUUUCUGGUGAGCCUUAAAGUAAAAAUUAUGUUGGAGCUUUCAUUUAGGCAUGAAAUAUAACUCUCACUAAAAUGAUUUCUCCCAAAAAAAUAAAGUAAAAAAUUUAAACACUUUGGAACUUACCUGUAUUUAUAUGAACUUUACUUGAAAUCUGUUAGAUCAGCCAUUCUUUGGAUGAAAUUAUUUCAAUCAAGUUCUUUUUUUUCUUCUUUUUUUUUUGCUUCCAUAUGUGAUCUCUACCUUAAGUGAAAAAAAAACCCCUCUAAGUGCCUAAUUCAGCAUUUUUUUAAUAUGUAUCGUACAUUAUGAAAACUGGAUUGAGAGGAGAACUGAUUUUAUUUAAGAUUGAACAUGAACUCAAGAUGCUUUGAUAUCAAUCAGAAAAAUACAUUGAUAAAAUUUUUCGUCACUGUUUACUUCAUUUGGAGAUAUAUGUUCUGUCUUCUCUGACGUGGGGGAAGGGGGGAAGGUAUUUGUAUUAGUUAUUUUCUGGCAACCUGUAAGUCCUUUAUACUAUUUUCGCAGUGUCAAAGCUUUAUGAGCCUUCAGUAAACUUAGCUCAAUUGCAGUUUGUAAAAAAAAUUAAAUGAUCAGAUGGAUGGUAAAGUAGAAAUUGUUUUCUUAUUUUGAUUCCAUCUUCUUUUUUCUUUUAUUUAUUUUUUACUCUCAAGUGUUGCUUUCUUAUGCUUAAAAUGCCAAAAAUAUGCUUUAUUUCCCAAUUUUCUAGUUCAAUUUAUUCCUUUUUUAAUUGAUGAAUUCAUUCUGUAUUGCAAAAGGAAGCUAUACCCAAGUUGACUAUUUUCAAUUGAAAUUACUAUGGAUAUUUUGAAUUGAAAUUACUAUGGAUAUUUUGAAUUUUGGGAUAGCAACAAAACUUUCUUUUCCCUUUGUGAUAAAGCAUAUAAACAAGGCAGGUUGCUACAUAAGCACUUGCCUGGUUGCCCGGGGCAAGUAAAAGUAAGAGUCGGGGAAAGUGUUUUGAAGUAAAGACCAAAACUACUUGCCCGAAUUGGGCAAGCAAAAUUCACUCAGUAGAAAGCAAAAUUCUCACAGUAGAAUGACCAAAAUUAGGGUCGAUAUGAUAUGAUAUUGACCCUAAUUUUGGUCAUGGCAGGCAAGAUAAAAUUACUUUGGAAAAAGAAAUGCAAUAACAAGGUAGAUCAGUUCAUGUGAAAAGAGAGAAAAGGGUCAGUGGUUUAUAAAAUCGCAAAACUUUCUUUUGAAGAGGUAAAACUUUUUUUUUCAAGGAUUUGUUCGGGCAAGUGAAAUAGAUUUUUGGGCAAGUAUAUUCCAACCAUUUAAAACUUUACUUGCCCUACCGGGCAAGCGCUUCUAAAAUGUUAUGUAGCACCCUGGCAAGGUAAGAAAUAAAUGUCUAUCACACAAACUGGAAUGUGAUAUUAUGUUUUGAUUGUCAUCACUCGCACCAAAUUAAUCAUCACAAUUUUACACCCCUUUAAAACUCUAAUGUCAAUGCAUCAAACAACUCUGUUCGCAGCAAAAUUGAUUUACUUAUUAAUCCAUUAUUGCACAGAUUAACACAUUUUAUAUUUAGGAUUGUAGUGGUUCUAAUACAUAAUUUUCAUAUGGAAUGGUGGCAUUUAUUUGACUGACUACUAAUUACUAAUAAUUAUGAUAAAUGAAUGUAGUAACCUCUUUUGUAAUGCAAAUAUAUCUUGCCCUUAAAAUAGCAUUUUACCCCCCCCCCCUCCCCUCACCUUACAUUAAAUUUAGAGAUGAAUAUUACAGGUAUUUUUUUAUACACUAUAAAAUAUAUCACAC